AAUUGUCUCGUUCAGAUCAAAGACUUCUCUACAGAUUCUACAUGAUAGUCAGAGAGCUGUCCACAGAAUAUCAGGAUUUAGCUUGCUCCACUCUGUCAUGCUUUCUGUGUCUCACAUGAAAUUACAGAGAUGAGAGAUGCAGAAUUUUAAGGUUAAAUAGCCAGAAAUUUUCACUCAAAGUUGAAUGUUCUUCAAAGAGAGUGUGGGGCCAUUCUAAUUAGAGGAAGAAACAGAUGGGAAGCAAAACCCAGAUGUUUUCCACAAGACUUCUGCUUUUGGCUGUUUUGAUUUCCACUGCACUGGCUGGACCCUGGGCUACUAUAUGUGCUGGCAAGUAUUCCAACGAGAUCCGGACAUGCGACAGUCAUGGCUGUGGACAGUACUCUGCUCAAAGACACCAGAGACCUCACCAUGGUGUGGAUGUCCUGUGUCGUGAUGGGUCUGCUGUGCAUGCUCCAUUCACAGGAAUGAUCAUGGGCCAAGAGAAACCGUACAAAACCAAAAAUGCAAUCAACAAUGGUGUUCGGAUAUCUGGACAAGGUUUCUGUAUCAAGAUGUUCUAUAUCAAGCCAAUUAAAUACAAAGGUCCUAUCAAGAAGGGUGAAAAACUGGGGACCCUGCUGCCCUUGCAGAAAGUGUACCCUGGCAUCCAAUCACACAUCCACAUAGAAAACUGUGAUUUGAGUGACCCCACCGUGUUCCUGUAAUGGGCAGACAAGACCCAGGCCUCUUGCACAGAAGCCUUUUCUUUAAAACCCAGAUGCCUAUCAUGCUUACCAAGGAACUGUGUUCAAACAGAAGUGUGACAGGAGCCACCAAGCACACAGCAUUUUGCUUUUCAUUCACUGUCACUUGGAUGCUACGGUGGGAAGUAAUUUCCCAGGGCUAUCUAAUCUUACUGUUACUCAUGGGAUCUGAGAUGGUUUGGGGUUUCUUUCUUUUCUGUUUUUUUUUUUUUUUUUGAUUUAUCAAUCCUGAAGGCCUAGAAUAAAAAGCAAAUUCAAGCUAAUGUAGAUUGCAUUUCUGAUGCCUCUGAGCAUGAGCGAAAGCCUGUAGGUAUUUGUAGAAUCAGCCUGGAGCAUGGUGUCCGAUGCCAGAACAAGCAGCAGCCGAGGAUGUCACAGGCUUCUUCUGGCCUAAGGUAGUAAGGAGUCUCAGGCCACUCUCAGAUCUGCAAAAAGGGCUGGCACACAUGCUGCCCACGUAGACAAACAAGGUUCUGCCCGUCCUCUGGGCCCCAUGAGUCAUGGGUAUCCUGGAAACCAGUAGCAGCAGGCAGGCCACGAAACCCCACACUCUAGGUGUCUGUGUCACUGCUUCCCAGAGAGCAGUUGUGAGAGAAAGGGGUCUGCCUCUGUCUGAAGGGCCACAUGGCACUGGUCAGGGGGCCUCUCCCAGCCAGAUGCAUGUGACUGUUUCCUGUUUUAGACCUCAUUGGACAGCUCUGUAUUGUUCUACCUCCAUCAUGUUGACAACAUGUGCCAAGAGGAAAGGGCCAUAAACAAAAAUGUUCAAGUUAUGACUCAUGAAAAUUCUGGCUCCCUAGAUUUUAGCCAGUCAAUAAGAUAUGACUAUCUUUUUCUGGAAACUUCUGUGAAUUUUUUCCAUAAAUUCUUUUGGAACAUAGAA